AUGUCUCAGGAGCUUGAUAUAUUCCAAUCAAACGAUGUGGAUAGACUCUAUACAAUAGCGGCGCGGUUGUUCCGUCGACGUGCGUUUGAUUACUACCUUACCGCUCAACAGUUGGCGGUGCUGAACCGGAAUGCGAAGGAGGAGAAUAAUCACAAGAGGGAAAAACCGCAUAAUGACGGACACGAAUCUAAACUGGACGACGAUAAGAGUAAAGACGAGGUGAUAGUUGAUGUAUCGUUACCCGAGGGUGUGGAUUCAGGUAGAGCGUUGGCGUUAAAGGUUCGUUAUAUCCUUUGGGAUAAGGCAAUUGACCUUUUGUAUGAUGAGAAGAAUGCAGAGGAGUAUGAAUUGUUUGAACCGGAAGAUGAUGGGAACACAGAACAGAAAUCCGAGGUUGACAAAACUACAGCUGUGAGAGAAGUUGACGAAGAUGAUGAAUAUGACGACGAAGAUGAAGACGAAGGAGAUGGAGAAAAAAAGACUGCAAACUCUGGAGCUGCUCCGGCUGAGCCAACAGAUGAAUUGACAGUUGAUGAAUCAGGUAACACGGUGCUUGAGGUACCCAUUGUUCCAACCACAGAAACUUCUCAAUUUGACAAUAAAAAACUCAUUGAAAACUUCAACAAGAUCUACCACAACUUUGAAAGCGAUAAGGAUACACUGAUCAAAAGAAGGAAACUUGAGGAGAACGAUAAACUCCUUGAAAAUGACACCUCAAACCCUAAAGACCUUAUCUCGAUGAACCUGGGUGCAGCAAAUCUCUCUUUGAAACAUUUGCUGCGCGCAAUUGACGAUCAAAAGGAUAGACUCCAAUUACAAGACAAUGAACUUCGUCAGUUGAUCAUGGAUGUGAGAAAGAAUCGUUCCAAAUGGGCGUCAGAUGAUAAGAUUGGCCAGGAGGAGCUCUAUGAAGCCUGUGAGAAAGUUGUUAUGGAGCUGAGAAACUAUACAGAACAUUCGACGGCAUUUUUGAACAAAGUUUCAAAGAGAGAAGCACCAAACUAUUAUCAGAUUAUUAAAAAACCAAUGGACCUGAAUACCAUCUUGAAGAAACUUAAAGGGUUCCAAUACAAGUCAAAAUCUGAGUUCAUGGAGGAUGUUUUGUUAAUUUGGAAAAACUGCUUGACUUACAACUCCGAUCCCCGUCAUUUCCUUAGAGUGCAUGCCAUUGCAAUGCAGAAGAAAUCAUUACAACUAUUACCAUUGAUACCGGAUAUCACUAUAAGAGACAGGGCAGAAGUGGAAGCGGAAGCACAUAUCGAUGAGCCAGGUACACCUGUACCACAUGCUAGAACUUCAUCGAAAAAAGGCAAGAAGAGAACACGUAAUGGGGAGAUCAAAGACGAAUCUAAGGAGGAAACUCCUGCACCAACUACAAUGACAAAUGUUGAAACACCAGCGGCAUCGACAACAACAGCAACCACUACCAAUACGACUAAUGCUAUUAAUACUACCACUGCUACUGCGCCAAAUUCAACAGCAGCAUUGAUAGCGAAUGGCGUUGGUGUAACGAGUGGUACUCCGACACCUGCACCUAACACAUCUACGAUAAACGAUGCUACUGAAUUAGAAGAUGAUGACAACGGUGAAACUAAUGAAUAUCUGAAUACAGAGGAUAACGACAAGGAUGAUCUAGAGAUCCAAACAUGGAAGAACUUCACUUCCAAGACAAGAUCUGAUUUUUGUAUUAAAAGAUCAGAGCUUUUCAGAGAUAACACUUUGAACCCUGAUAGCGAUGCCAUUUUGAGAGAUCCGAAGAAAUUGAGAAACUUUGAGAGUUAUCUAAAGCAUUAUUCAGAGGCAAGACGACACAUUUUUAACCCUUCUGCAAAAACCACUGAUGACGACCUGUACUUGAUUGAAUACGACAUUGCUGGUGGGCUCCCUGCCUUACCGUAUGUUGGGAUGUCUGAAGAAGAGACUGACCAAUACGAAGCUAAACUUGCUGAAAAAGUCAUGCAAGAAGGUUUAAAACCCUCAGAAUUCAUAUCUACUGAUGGUGGUCUCAAUGCUGUCAUUAAUGAUAAUAUCCAUGAGAUGCAACAGAUUAGACAGAUCUGCUUCAAGAUAUCAUUGAUCAGACAGAUGCAACAACAGACGUUCCUUCAUCAUACACAACUUCGUGCCCCUGAGAUUGAAAAGAUUGAUGAUUCUAUUGAUAUUGAUCCGGUAUCAAGACUGGAGAAUCAUGAAAAGAUGAACAAAGAGCUUAUGUUUUAUGUCAUGAAGAAGCGGGUAUCUAAAAUUGCGAUGCAAAGUGGAUUUGAGUCCACGGAAAUGUUUGCAAUUGACUGUUUAAGUGAGAUUGCGGGAUCGUUUUUGGACAAUUUGGUCAAGACGAUGAAACAGCACAUUGAAACCCCAUCACAGAACCAGGCGCAAAAGAAGAAAAACAUUCUAACUCUAUCGUUGUUAGAAAACGGUAUAAUAAAGCCAGAUGAAUUGCAUCAUUACGUUACAGAGUCUGUUUUGAAGCAAGGUACAAAGUUGAAAGAUUUGAAAGUGAAAUUGCAGUCCUUCUUGAAGCAGCUGUUGAGACCUGCGUUUGAGAUGACUGAAAAGACAUUUGCCGACGACUCUGAACAGUUCUUAUCUGGUGAGUUUUCGAAUGAGCUUGGUGAUGAUUUCUUUGGAUUUAAGGAGUUGGGUCUUGACAAGGAGUUUGGUAUGCUUGGAGGUAGUAUCCCAUUGCAUUUACUGCAAUCGAGAUUUGCUGAGACGAAUGCCAAUGACGAUAGUAAGGGCAUUAAACGUGAGGAAUUUGAGAGUGCACCGUAUCCACGUGUUAAACAAGAUCAGAUCGAAUUACAGAUCAAGCUGUUUCAACCGAUAUUGGAGGAGUGUUUACAAAAGACCAAAGUAUUCAAUAGUAAACAGUACAAGACAAAGAAAGAGACUUCUGAUUAUAUGGCCAAUGCUACGGAUGUUGUGAUUAUGGACGAUCUGGAUUACCCAAAGAAGCAUUCCAAACCAAAGUUGCCGCCUAAUGGUAAGAUUACCUCUUCAAAGAAGAAGAUUUUGCCAACAACGUUCUUCCUUCCUGAGGAAGAUGUUCCAGUUGUACAGUCGGGUCCUCUAACAGCUACUGGUGAUGACAAUCUUGCCAAUAAUACCACUGCUGUCAACGGUACUACGCCCCUAAUGUCCGAUAUUGCAGUUGAUGGUAUAACAACACCAACGAUAGAAAACUUUUGA